AAUAGUCAAUAUGCACAACUCCAAUCUCUAGUGAUUACCAUGAAGUUAAUUGCUCUAAACCGCACGGAACUCUUUAGACGUCUAUGCUAGAAAAAAGUAGAAGUGUUUCAGCCGUUCACAUGGGAACUUGAAUAUGUGGACGCCGACUAAAAAUCAGAAAUUUGGUGUGGCAAUCUACAAUUUUGAAGCUGAACAUGUACAACAAGCUUUACGACUUGAUGUUGGGGAAACCGUACAGAUCUUGGAGGAAUGUUGUGGGUGGUAUCGAGGCUUUUCAACAAAAAACAGGAAUCUCAAGGGUAUAUUUCCCGCCCAGUUCAUCCACCUGAAGCCCUUCAAAAUCGACAAUGAAGGGAUUUACGAAACUGUAACCCCAGUUGAAGAUCCAGUUGUACAGGAAGCAGCUUCAGUGUUGAGAGAAUGGGGCCAAAUAUGGAAGGACUUAUAUGUGGUUCUUGGAACCCCUCAUGGCGACCAAGAGCUGUGGGACGCAGUCCGCAAGACUAUGAUGGACAUCGCUGACUGGCGUAAAAUGCUGAUCACAGGGACAUUAACAUCAGAUCAAAUAGGGCAGAUUAAAUUGAAAAUUACGAGGAAAAUUGAUUGGGGAAAUAGGAGGCUGGGUUUAGAUCUGGUACCUCGUGUAGAUGGUGAAAUGGUUGAUCCUGAUGCCGUUAGUGUAGUAGAGCUUUACAGAGUGCAUGUCCUGAGUGCAGAAACCUCCCAGGGUCAUAUACAGGGACUUGGGACAUUAGCUAAAAAGAAAGACAGGAGGAAAGCUCAGAGUCAUCACUUGUUUUUUUGUAUGCGGGAUUUUUCUUAUCACCUCGGUGAAGAUGCUGAGGUCUUCUUUUCCCUUUACGAUGCGUGUAAGGGAAAAUUUAUCAGUGAAAGGUUUCUAGUCAAAUUAUCAAAAGAAGGUUUCUUCAACUAUGUAGAGAAAAUCCAUAGCAACUGUACGAUUUUUACGGUAAGGAUAUAAUUACUACUGCAUGACUUGGCCUCUGAGUUGUAUAUUGUUGCCCAUGUCGUCAGAGUAGGUCGGAUGCUCUUCUCCGAGUCUGUUAAAAAAUCGUCUUCUCACUGUUACAGGAGGCCACACGGUGUGGCUCUUUUCAGAUUAGCCCCAUCGGUGCUGCAGGGAGCAGAUGGAGAGGUUGAGUUAACAGGAAAACUCUUCUCGUCUGAUGAGAAGGACUUCUGGCAGCUACCUGAGUUAGUCCUCAAGAAACAAUCCAACAAAUAUUCAAUUAUGUCAAAUAAUGCAAGUUAUGGCCUGGUUGUAAGUGUGAAGGUGGUCCAUGGUGAACUAGAACAGGCCACAAAAGAAAAUCCGCUAUUACUGAAGAAUGUGUGCAUCACUAAAAAACUUGGCUUCUCUGAUGUCAUCAUGCCUGGAGAUGUCAGAAAUGAUCUUUAUGUAACGUUGAACAGUGGAGAAUUUGAGAGAGGUGGAAAAUCUGUAGCAAAGAACAUUGAGGUCACAGUGUUGGCCUUGGAUACAGAUGGACAGCCCCUUGAGUGCAUAUACAGUGGUAUGGGUCAUGAAGGAAGCACUGAGUAUGCUUCAAUGAUCAUGUAUCACAACAAUUCUCCACGUUGGAAUGAAAGAUUAAAAGUUGCCAUCCCUAUAGACCAGUUUGGAGGAGCUCACCUGAGACUGGAAUACAGACAUUGUUCAACUCGAGAAAAAAAUGAAAAGAAACUGUUUGGCUUUUCAUUUAUACGGCUCAUGGACGAUGAAGGCGGAACGACCUUCCGUGAUGGCUCUCAUGAACUUUGUGUUUAUAAGUGUGAUGAACGUGCACGAUUAAAUAAUCCUGCGGAGUACCUGACCAUGCCGUUUCUUUCCAAGGAGGCGGUAGACUGCAUAUAUUCUUUACCAUUCCAGCGAUCCCCCAAAGAAUUCAUAGUUAUUGAUACAUUACUUUGCUCAACUAAGCUUACACAAAAUGUUGAUCUGCUUUCACUUUUGAGAUGGCGUUCAGCACCCGAUGGCAUUGGAGAAACUCUGUCGAGAGUUACUCGGGUUGAUGGCGCUGAAACUGUCAAGUUCCUACAAGAUGUUUUAGAUGCCCUUUUUGCCAUGUUCUCGACAGACGAUGGCAACUCCACUCAGCAUUCAGGACAUGUCUUCCAGGCACUAGUCUUUAUAUUUAGCCUAUUAGAAGACACAAAAUUUGAACAUUUUAAGCCAGUCAUGGAUGCCUACAUUACUGGACAUUUUGCUGCUGCUUUAGUAUACAAGUAAGUUGUUCAAUGCGUCUAUCACCUGAGUGCCUUAUGCCCUCAGAAUGAGAAGCAAGAACCCAUCAUGAGGUGUUUUCGAUCACUGGAGUACAUUUUUAAGUUUAUCAUUCAGUCCAGGCUCUUAUUUGCAAGGGCAACAGGUGGCCAGAAUGAGGACUCAUUUAGGAUUGACGUGGACAACUUGUUCGAAUCUUUUGCUCACAUGCUGAAUAUGCAUUUGGAAAAUAUUGAAAAUUCACAGAUAACUUUAUUAGAGCAUCUUCAAGGAGCAUGUGAUCAACUCUGCCAAGUUUUGAGUCCUGGGGAGGUUUUGCUAACCAUCUCAGCAACCUCUUCAAUGCCCACACCUUUCGAGAGCACGAGAGAGCUCAACCCAGUGCCAAAACUCAAUGCCAUGAAGAAUUCCAUUAACUCUUCUUAUUUGAUGAUGAUGGUAAGCUUAUCUGUUCUCCUAGAAACAAUCUGCACUCAUUUGAGGCAACAAAAUCUCGAUGGGUCGAGGAGGCUACGUUUAUGUGGGGAUGUCCUCUCUGAUCUAGAUGUCAUCCAUAAGCAUGUCAAGAGCCACUAUAGUGGAAGGUUGCCACCUUCACUGCAUCAAGAUGUGGAAACAGUCAUGUUAACAUUGUUUGAUGUUGUCGUGCAGUUGAUCCUUUCUUUGGAGAGGACGGCACCAAGCUCAGGUACGCUAGUUGCUUGCUUAAUGGGGAUCUUGCAGUUAAUGGAAGAAGCUCAUUACAGUAGACUCUGGGAUGCUAAUGUAGGAGCAGAUGCUCAUCGCCUCCGGCAUCUCUUGUAUUCGACUACAGUCCUUUUGUCAGAUCUGGUCAGGGCAGCGGUUUUCCCUAGUGACUGGUUCGUCAUGAGGAUGGUAACCAACCACACAAUACUGACUGCCAUGCAAGAAAUAGCGCAGCCACUCAUAUCAACAUUCUUGAAACAGGGACGCUUUGAUAAUCAGCUGUGGAGCAACUAUUUGAUUUGGCAGUUGGAUUCUUAA